AGAGGAAGAGGGAUGAAUGAAGCUCCCUCGGGUCGGGUGGGGGCUGAGCAGGGACCAGUGCUUGCGUUUUCCCUUCGCCAGAUUGGCAAGGCAACCCCGAGGAGGCGAGGGAAGGGUUAAGGGAGAGAGCGAGGGGAUGCGGCUGACGGCGACCGGGCGGAGCUGCGCCAACAGCGGGCGGAGAGGGGGCUGAACACCUCGCAGGAGGAGCCCCGCUCGCUCGCUCGGCUCUUGCGCCCCUGCGCCUGCCUUCUCUCCGCGUCUCCUCCUCGCUGCAGCCGUAGGGGCGCCUCCUUCCUUCCUUGCUUGCUUGCUUCCCCGGCGCCUCACCUGCCAUGCCGACGCCUCUCUCCGGCCCAGGGCAGCGCCCUCGCCCGCCCCUGCGCCCCUUGCAACCCCUCUGAGACCCAGAUCGGCUCCCCCCUCCCCGGUCGCCGGCACGACGGCAGCAGCAGCAGCAGGAUGGUGCAGAAGUCGCGCAACGGAGGCGUGUACCCGGGCGCGUCGGGCGAGAAGAAGCUGAAGGUGGGCUUCGUCGGGCUGGAUGCCGGCGCGCCGGACUCCACCCGCGACGGGGCGCUGCUCAUCGCCGGCUCCGAGGGCGGCAGCAAGCGCGGCUCCAUCCUCAGCAAGCCCCGCUCGGCCGUCUCCGGCAAGCCGCCCAAGAGGAACGCCUUCUACCGCAAGCUCCAGAAUUUCCUCUACAACGUGCUCGAGAGACCCCGCGGCUGGGCGUUCAUCUACCACGCUUACGUUUUUCUUCUCGUUUUCUCCUGCCUGGUGCUCUCUGUCUUUUCAACCAUUGAGGAGUAUGAGAAGAGUUCUGAAGGUGCUCUCUACAUUUUGGAAAUAGUCACCAUCGUGGUCUUUGGAGUGGAGUACUUUGUGCGAAUCUGGGCAGCUGGCUGCUGCUGCCGCUAUCGGGGCUGGAGAGGACGGUUGAAAUUUGCCCGCAAACCCUUUUGUGUGAUUGACAUCAUGGUGUUAAUAGCCUCCAUUGCAGUGCUGGCUGCUGGAUCCCAAGGGAAUGUCUUUGCCACCUCUGCACUCAGAAGUUUGCGGUUUCUGCAGAUUCUGCGCAUGAUCCGAAUGGACCGCCGAGGAGGCACCUGGAAGCUUCUGGGAUCAGUGGUGUAUGCCCAUAGCAAGGAGCUGAUCACUGCCUGGUACAUUGGUUUCCUUUGCCUCAUUUUAGCCUCCUUCCUGGUGUACUUGGCUGAGAAGGGGGAGAACGAGCACUUUGACACCUACGCAGACGCACUGUGGUGGGGUUUGAUUACUCUGACCACCAUUGGCUACGGGGACAAGUAUCCACAGACCUGGAAUGGGCGUCUGCUUGCUGCAACCUUCACCCUGAUCGGAGUUUCCUUUUUUGCCCUCCCUGCUGGUAUUCUAGGUUCUGGAUUUGCCCUGAAGGUUCAAGAGCAGCAUCGGCAGAAGCAUUUUGAGAAGCGGAGGAACCCAGCAGCAGGCCUGAUUCAGGCUGCGUGGAGGUUCUACGCCACUAACCUCUCUCGAACAGAUUUGCACUCUACCUGGAACUACUACGAGCGCACCGUCACUGUCCCCAUGUACAGCUCGCAAACGCAAACCUAUGGUGCUUCCAGACUCAUUCCUCCUUUGAACCAGCUGGAGCUCCUGAGGAAUUUGAAGAGCAAAUCUGGAUUGACUUUCAGGAAAGAGCAGCAACCUGAGCCAUCUCCAAGUCAAAAGGUCAGCUUGAAAGAUCGUGUCUUCUCCAGCCCCCGAGGUGCCGCCACGAAAGGUAAAGGUUCCCCUCAGGCCCCGGGUGUCCGAAGAUCCCCCAGUGCGGACCAGAGCAUCGAAGACAGCCCAAGCAAAGUGCCGAAGAGCUGGAGCUUUGGAGACCGGAGCCGAGCCCGGCAAGCUUUCCGUAUCAAGGGAGCUGCGUCUCGUCAAAACUCAGAAGAUGCAAGCCUCCCUGGAGAAGACAUUCCUGAUGAGAACAAAACCUGCAACUGUGAAUUUGUGACCGAAGAUCUGACACCGGGCCUUAAAGUCGGCAUCAGGGCAGUGUGUGUUAUGAGAUUUCUGGUUUCCAAGCGGAAGUUCAAGGAGAGCUUGCGGCCCUACGACGUAAUGGACGUCAUUGAACAGUACUCAGCGGGACACCUGGAUAUGCUUUCCCGGAUCAAAAACCUCCAGUCCAGGAUAGAUAUGAUUGUGGGCCCCCCGCCCCCUUCAACUCCCCGGCAUAAGAAGUAUCCAACCAAAGGAUUUCCUCCUAAAGAAUCACCCCAGUACUCACCUAGAGUUGACCAGAUCGUUGGACGAGGGCCAUCAAUGACAGAUAAGGAUCGGACCAAAGGUCCAGCUGAAGGGGAGCUUCCUGAAGAUCCAAGUAUGAUGGGCAGACUUGGAAAGGUGGAAAAGCAGGUUUUGUCCAUGGAGAAGAAGUUGGACUUCCUGGUCAACAUCUACAUGCAACGGAUGGGGAUCCCACCAACAGAAACUGAAGCUUAUUUUGGGUCCAAAGAACCAGAUCCAGCACCACCCUACCACAGUCCAGAAGACAGCCGAGAGCACAUUGACAAAAACGGCUGCAUUAUCAAGAUCAUUCGCUCCACGAGUUCCAUGGGACAGAAGAAUUUUUCUGCACCACCAGCCACAACGGUGCCAAACAACUCAUGUCCCCCGUCCACUUCUUGGCAGCCAUAUCAGCGGCAGAGCCACGGGACCUCCCCAGUUGGUGACCCUGGUUCUUUGGUUAGGAUCCCACCGCCACCUUCACAUGAGCGUUCCUUAUCUGCCUACAGCGGUGGGAACAGGGCCAGUGCCGACUAUGCCAAGAAUGAAGACAUUACCGCCAAACAUCCAGAGAGUGCCCUGAGGGACAGCGACACCUCUAUUUCCAUCCCAUCAGUUGACCAUGAGGAACUGGAACGUUCCUUCAGCGGAUUUAGCAUUUCUCAGUCCAAAGAAAAUUUGGACGUCCUUAACAACGGGUGUUACACAGCUGUGGCUAAAAUCAGACCCUACAUUGCAGAAGGGGAGUCCGAUACAGAUUCCGAUCUCUGCACACCCUGUGGGCCUCCACCACGGUCAGCAACGGGUGAGGGACCUUUCAGUGACAUGGGCUGGUCGACUCCUAGACAGUGAGGGCAACAUCUUCCAGAGCAUGGGCUGGUCGUGGUGUCUACAUUCUGAGCAUCUUCAGAAGAUGAAGAGCUAACAUUCGGUGACCCAGAUGUUGUGGAUGUUUGUCGCAUCUUAUUCUGGGGGUGGGGGAGCAGUUGCUGUGCCAGUUCUCUGCACAGAGAGGACAUUGUAGUGAAUCAUUUGAUGCCUUGAAAUGUCUGGAUUUCUUUCUUACUACCUUUCUAAAAUUGAUAGGUGAAAUUAUUAUUGUACUCCAGGGUUGGUAUCCAUGGCUCUCGAUAAUGUUUUCAGUUCAAGAGGUCACAGGCAUCACUAAAGAGUGGUUGAGUAAUUGGUGAGUAACAGUUUUUUACUAAUAAUAGGUAGUGGCAGUGAGCUAUUGGAUCAUCCGCAAAAAUAAGCUGGUGAUACAAAGGAACUGUGUCCCUAGUUAUGUCUUCGGGGAGGGGGAACCAGAUCUUAUGCACAUUGUGUGUAUCAACAAAUGGUUGUUUAAUCAUAAUUGUGUGGAAAUUAGCAGUAGGAUCUUCCAAGGAUGGAGCAUACCAUAGUAAGGGUUUCACAAGCAAUGCCUGGUGUCCGAGUGACACGUGUACAAAUUUUGAGUAACAAAAAAGAAAAUUAUGUUGUAAUAUUGGGUCAGGAUAGGGCUGCAGCUUCAGCUGGAGUGCUUGAAUACAAUGAACAGCAAACUCUGUGGGCCAUGAGGCUGCUUUCACAUGAGAUGCUUCAAUUUUUAUUUUUAUUUUUUUUAAAAAUCACAUCUGCAAGAUGGCAUCUCAGACCAGCUUUCGACAUGCAUGCUUGGAUCUUUAAAUGUUUUUGCACUCUUUGGAAUAUUGUUCUCCGAUGUGGGAAGAACAUGCCCCCUUGGAGGAAAGUCCGUGUGCUGUGGUAGGAAAUGGUGGCUGGAAACGACAAAUGCUCAUCCUUUAAGACUGUGUCCAUUUGCAAGGAUUGAGUUCUGCUUUCUGCUCGUUAGAUCAUACAUGUUUCAUAGCCACAUCUCUAGGGUCAACGGUUCCCAUUUAGAAUGGCUGUUUUCCACACUAUAUGCUGCAGUAGCUACGUUUGCAAUUUCAAAAAGACCAGAGGGGAGAAGAGGCAUUCAUUGUGUCAUUUGUGGAAGCAGCCGAGGAGCAAUCUUCCGUGAUAAGAAUGCCUUGCAGUGCCUCCAAAGCAGGGCAUCGGUGAAGCCUGGAAUUCCAUCAGGAGGAAUGCAGCAGCUCAAAAGAUCAAAAGUCUUGUGGUCAAUGUACAAAGAAAGAGAUGCUUUGCUGUGAUGAAAGACACUUUGCUUUAGAUACAGGAGGUCAUAGGUUAAAUGGAGGCUAACAGCCUCUGGAUCUUGCAACUCUAAGGGGUAACAUCCACACUUUAUAUUGUGCCUGGCUGCUUCAGCAUACACCACACUGCCUGCAAAGAAAACUCCUUUUUUCCCUCCAACCUGACCCAAAUUCUGUGGAUAUUCCCUGAUUCCUCUUUGUUUCUGUUUUGUAAAAUUUGGGCCCAGUCUGGGGCUACUUGCCUUGAUUUCCCCGGCCUGUAUCUAUUUACAAGUGGUGUCAAAUGAGGUUUGCAGCCUUUUUCUUUUUCACUGUUUUAAAAGCCUAGUAAUGUUCUAGUAUGGAACCGCUAGGAAGAAAAGCAAGCAGUGUGCAAAGCCAGGGAGGUGGAUUCCCAGCGUCCAUUUAUAAAUAUUUGGUAUAGAUCAGGGGAGGACAUUUUCAAUUCAAUCUUCUGUCUUAGCUUGCACUCUCAAAAAUGUGAGAUGCAAGUCACGAUGUGAUGCAAGUCAUGGUGUGAAAGGCAGUCCGUAUCUAUUGAGCAACUGUAGCCAUUUGUUAUUCAGCAAGGUAUGUCAUAGCAGAUGCUUGCCAGGGCACUGCUUUGUUGGUGGUACCUAAAGACCAUUCUCCUCUCCUCUUUGUCAGCCUAGGCUGCCGGUUCUCAAACUUGGGUCCCCACAUGUUGUGGGACUACAACUCCCAUCAUUGCCAGAAUGUCCACUUCCCACCCUUCUCGCCAACAGAACUGCUUAAUUGGUGUGCUUGAACUUAAGCCAAAUAUAGUCACUCCGAAGCAUGCCCUCGCAUAAAGAACUUGCACUAGAGGAGGCUCUUUCUAGGUAGACACACUUACUCUCAUCUUCGGUGUUUCCCAUGAUGGGGAUUCGACCAUUGUGCCAGAUUGGGAUGGAAUGAAUGGAUGGCAUUUAGACUAAUGCUACGUGUUGCACUACCUCCUCUGGUCUACCACAAGACCAGAGGAGAGCUGGUCUUGUGGUAGCAAGCAUGACUUGUCCCCUUAGCUAAGCAGGGUCUGCCCUGGUUGCAUAUGAAUGGGAGACUAGAAGUGUGAGCACUGCAAGAUAUUCCCCUCAGGAUGGAGCUGCUCUGGGAAGAGCAGAAGGUUCCAAGUUCCCUCCCUGGCUUCUCCAAGAUAGGGCUGAGAGAGAUUCCUGCCUGCCACCAUGGAGAAGCUGCUGCCAGUCUGUGAAGACAAUCCUGAGCUAGAUAGACCAAUGGUCUGACUCACUAUAUGGCAGCUUCCUAUGUUCCUACCAUAAGAAUGUUAUGCUAUCCAGUUCUGUUAUGUUGGGAGCUUGCAUUCCAGACUAGUGAUGUGCAAGGCACACUUGUGACGCUAGACUAAUGAAGUGCAAGGCACACUUGCACAACCUGUGGCAUGCCUCCUGCUGUUAGACCUCUUCCUCGGUCCAUAUAUGGUGCAGGGCUAUCCACUCUCCUUGUUGCGCAAGCAGACCGAGAGCACAAGAGUGUGCAACUUUGAGCAUCCACUCAGCUGUGCAGCCUCUGUGUGUGUGCAUCUCUGUUGGUUGGACCCGCACAGGGCUAGUAGUCAGGAAGUCAGCCAGCGUCAAAAAAAGGAAAGUGCAUAUUCAAGAUCAUAAAAAGAAUGAAUGCUAGCUGGAGUGGUAUUUUGCAGCAAGAAGAAUAGAGGCUUGGAACUAAAGGAGCCCUUCUGCUUCUAGAAAGCCUCUCAUCCAUGGAAGGGCGGCCUCUGACUUAGCAGAAGAGCGCUCUGUGAGGAAGGUGACCCAGGUCCAGAGUUCUCUCAUCUCUGGAAGCUUCUGUGCAAGACUUUCCACAAGCCCUUCCAGUGUUUAUAGGCUGCAGCCUGCACCUUCUUUCUUCGCUGUGUGUGUGUUUCCCCCCGCCCAUACAGCAACACCAUCUCCUGACAGAUGCAUUGUGGGUGCUGCUCUGUGAGAAGUCUUCUGCUUGCACCUCUGCAAGAGUUCACGGAGCAGUGCUCAGGCAUGGUCUCUUCCCACUAACAGUGUCUUGCAGCAUCUUGAGACUUAACAGAUGAUGUGCUUUGGAAUAUAAGGGAUACAAACAUAGAUGAGUCUGGGAGUAGAGAAUGGGGAGAAAUGUUGUGCAGUGUAAAAAUGUUUGAAGUGAAGGAACAUAUCCUGAAAGCAGAGGUGCAGUGCUGGGGCUUUAUAGAGCUACCUUAGUCCAUGUCAGACUAUUUGGUCUCUCUAGCUCAGUAUCAUUUAUACCAGAGGUUCCCGACUAGAUGAUGAUGGACUACAACUCCCAUCAUCCCCUGCCAGUGACAGAAGGCCAUUGUUACUGGGGAUGAUGGGAACAUCAUUUAGGGACCUGAGGGUGGGAAACUCUGCUCUACAUUUAAUUCACAGCAGCUCUCUAGGGUUUCAAACAAGUUUCCCCCUGUCCUACCUGGAGGUGCCAGGGAUUGAGAACUUGGGAUCUUCUGCAUGCAAAGCAUCAUCUUAGCCUCAAUAUCAUCUUAGCAUCAUCCUUAGCAUCAUCAUUCCCAGCAUCAUCUAGCCUUAACAUUAUCUUAGCACCAUCCUUAGCAUCAUCAUUCCCAGCAUCAUCUUAGCCUCAACACGCAUGGCGUCAGGCAUAAGAUCAUUGUUGUCUGUAGUGCAUCAACUAAUAUGAAUCAUGAUUCAAAGCUGAUGAAUGAACUCCAGUCCAGCACUUGUCUGAUGUACCUGUCUGUUAAGCCUUUUUUUUUUUUUUGCUUCUGAACCUGAGUUUAGAAAUAGGACAUCUUAAGGAACGGCAGAUAUUUGCUUCUGCUGUAUCUAAUGUCUGAUUUGUGCCCAUUCGUUUCCUACUCAAGAGACUGCCCUGUUUGGCCUAGGUAAACCUUGGCUUUGCUGGCAGAAGGAUGCAGAUGUAUAAACCCUUGGCAUUUAUCACUGAUAUAAUUUAGACAACACUAGAACCAGGGGUCCUCCCAAGGAACUGGUAGCCCGGAAGUUUAGGACUGACAAAAGGAAGUACUUUUCCACACAGUGCGUAAUUAAUCUAUGGACUUCUCUACCACGGGAUGUGGUGAUGGCCACUAGCUUGGAUGGCUUUAAAAGGGGCUUAGACAAAUUCACAGAGGACAGGUCUUUCAAUGGCUACUAGUCUGAGGGCUAUAGGCCACUUCCAGCCUCAGAGGCAAGAUGCCUCUCAAUGCCAGUUGCAGGGGAGCAACAGCAGCAGGGAGGGCACACCCUCACCUCUUGCCUGGGGGCUUCUCAGAGGCAUCUGGUGGGCCAGGGUGGGAAACAGGAUGUUGGACUAGAUAGGCCUUGGGCCUGAUCCAGCAGGGCUGUUUCUUAUGUUCUUAAGUUCUCGAGCUGUAGUGAGUGAUGUGGACCACACAGACAUGGGACAGAGUUCCCUCACAACUGUUUGUGGUCACUUCAAUAGCUGGAGUGAGGGUCUUUUUUGUCGUGGAGUUAAUACUGAAUAUGAAUACACUGGGCCAUUGGGCCUUUGGUGCAUUACAGGUGUUGAUGCCCUAUUGCCUUAGACUAUGCUUAAAGAGAGGUAAAUACAAAUUUUUGAUAGUUGUUCACCAAGUUGAUAGUUUUAGUUCUGAAAUAAUGUCACUCAUGGCCAAUGUUCCAUUUAUGUUUUCUUCUUCUAUGUGCAGAAUGAGGUUUCCACCCCCAGGCAGCAGUAUCAAGGCAGUGUUGUGCAAACAUGCAUUCAGAGUGGGGCCUUCCUGAAUCAGCCUGAGCAGGAUCAAAUAUUAACUGAGCAGACAACCAAAAACUUGUGUGCGCGUGCACAUGUGUGUGCCUUAGAGGGAACCCUGCUCAUGGCCCUCAUUCCUGUUGAAAGGUUGUGAAAAUUUUAUUUACAAUAUAGUGGCCAUGUGUUUCUGAGGCUAGCUUACAUAAUAUGCACUCUCAGCCUUUGCUUGCAAAUGUAUGCCAGCUGAGAUGAGUGGGAGCCAAGACUGUUGUUAGAGAUGCACCUACAGGUAGGUAAUUUUGGAGCCUGGACCUAGAGACCUUUUGCACCCACCCCCUGCCAUAAGCACUAUCCCUUUAUACAUACACACGGUGACAUGCGCAAUGACACAGAGUAUUUUUUAACAUGUAUUUAGAGAACAGCCAAGUGGCCUCACGGUAGGGAACUUCCUUUUAUUGGGACCACAUAGUAUCUCAAAGCAGUGAGCAAACUCCUCCAGAACUCUUCUUCAGGCUGGACCUUAAGCAAAACAGGCAGUGGGGUGGAGAAAAGGAAGGGAGGCGUGAUGAAUCAGCUUAUAAAGACUGUUUUAGAUCUUUUACAUCAUGCUCACCUUUUCCUCUCCCUCCCCUUCCCCUUAAUGUUUUGCUGAAGAUCCAGCCUGAAGAAGCAUUCUGCAUACUCCAAAAGCUUUUGGAGUAUUUUGUGACAUUUUGGUCCAUCCUUGUUUUUAAAAGGUACUGUACUCCUGGGGCUUUGGGAUUUCUCCACACACGCACACACACACACACACAAACACACACUUACCUCUUCAAGAGGUCUCCUUUGCGUCGGUUCUCCAGCGCGGCUGUUGGCUGGGGCUGCCAAAGCUGCAGCAACCAGGGAGAGGAAGCCAGAGUCGAAGCACAUGAGGUGGCAGUGCGCGUUCUGAGCACUCUUCCGCCAUCCUCAGCCUUCUACUUCUCUCUCCAUGAGGUCCUUUCUCCUCCUUUUCAAAGGGACUGCUGUGCUGGCCUCAUCAUAACUCCCUCACAAGACCCUCCGCUCCUGGCUUGCACAAUAUGUGCAUCAUGUGCUUGCUCACACUGUGCAGAUGCGCUGCAGGGCAGGCGGAGAAGCUCCUGCUCUGCACAUGAGAGGAGGUUGGGCGGGUCGCGAACAGACCACAGGCUGGCCGCAGCCUGCCCUCAGCACAGUUGCAUGCAUGCUUGGCCACCCAGUGCAGUGUGGGCUGGUGGCAGCACAGCACAGCCACCCCUGCCCCCGGGACAUUUUAAGGAGCAUGUGCCCCCUCGCGGGGGGGGGGGGUUGCGGGGCCAGAUUUCCAUUCAGAGCUCUGGGGGGAAGAGCACCCAGAUCUUUGCAAAAAGGAACAUUGCAGAACAUGUAGUGAUGUGCAAAUGGUAGCAGGGAACAUCCAUCGCAGCAGGGGUAAAUUUGCUACUGUCGUGGUAGAUUUGACAGGUGAUGUUGAUAUCCAAGGGACCCUUGUUUUCCAUGGAUUCUCCCAUCAUGGUUUCAACAAUCCAUGUUUGGGCUAUAGACACCUGUUAGCCAUUUUUGUGGGGGUGAUUUUCAGCUAUUUGCGGUUCCUGCCUGCACAUUUCAUACUUGCAAUGUCAUUUUUUGUGUCAUUUCUGGCUUGGAGGCAGUGUGGAGUCAUGUUGGGCCUCUGCCUACCCACCCCCCCCCCCCCGGUAUUUAGAGGACUUUUUGUUGGGUUUUUUGGUGAAAUUCAGAGGAUUUGGGGGUUUGGUGGGCCGUUACUUGCAGAGCUGUGCUGUACUCCUCUUUUUUCUGCUCCCCUUCUCUUGUGGUGAUAUAUAGCACUUUUAUAUGUGCUGAGGAUCCUAAACCCAAGUUUCCUGUAACUACAAGGUUUCAAAUAUUGUGGUUUUGGCAUUCACGGUUGUAGACAGGAACUUAACCCCUGUGAAAAAUGAGGUCCUCCUGUACUGAACAUCUGUGAAUUUACCACAUAUAAUAUCUAUCUUCUGCAACAAAGUGUGAAUUCUUGAGUUCUAUGACAUGCACCUUGGUGGUAUAUGUUGAGACAUCUGAUUAAUAAUACUGGCUGCAUCCUGACUAAUGCAGCACUGGUGCAACAGGAGAAGCACUGGUGUAACGUUUGUGCAUCUGAAGACUAACGCUGAAGUUAGUCUGAAGACAACCAGACUAACACUCUGUGUGUGUGUGUGUGUGUGUGUGAGAGAGAGAGAGAGAGAGAGAGAGAUUUUUGACAACCUCCCCUUCCCCCAGAAACCCUCCGUGCCACCCGAAAAGAUGUUCCUGAGGGCUGCAUGACCCUUGGGGACAUAUUUGAGGGUGGUACAGAGCACGGAGAAGGGGAGGUUGUCAAAAUUUGCCCCAUUUGCUGAGCGAGCAGUGGAAUUGAGUUAGUUGAGCUUUUCAGAAACACUGGGGCUUUCCCCUUGCAUCAGUGCUUCUGCAACCAGAAUGUCAGUCACUGGUUUUCAGCAUUCGCAGAGCAGCACGGAGUGUCCAAAAUGAAUGUAUAAUGUAUAUGAGUGAGCUCACUAAGGUUCACAGCAAUCCUGCCAAGUAGGCCAUUACAUAUGAAGAGGUGGGGCUGAAGCUAAGAGGGCAGUGCUUUGCCCACAACCUCAUAAGUUCAUACCAGAAACUGGGUUUGUACUAAGGAAUACUGGUUUACCACUUCGUCUCUGAGGCACUAUGCCUUUAUACUUUUGUAUAGGACAGAAAUACAGGGGAUACAAAAUUAGGAAUUAGGAAGCUGCCUUCUGCUUAGUCAGACUUUGGGUCCAUUUGGCUCAGUGGUGUCCACACUGACUGGCAGCGGCUCUCCAAGGUUUCUGGCAGUAGUCUCUCCCAGCUCUACCGGGAGAUAUCAGGAAGUGAACCUGGGAGCAUCUGCAUUCAAAGCAGAUGCUCUACCACUGAGCUAUGACCCCAUUCCCUAAGGAGACUAUCUGAAGCAGGCAGUGUUCAUGUGUAGUCACCCAUUCAAAUGCAAACCAGAGUGAACCCUGCUUAGCAAAGGGGACAAGUCAUGUUUGCUACCAGAAGAUCAGCUCUCUUCCCCAAGUCGGUCCAUUCCAGGGAAAUAGGCUGCUGUCCCACUUAACAAGACUACAGGUUCAUAGAUGCAUUCCUAGUUAGAUGCACAAGUUCAUAGAUGCAUUCCCAGUUAGAUGCAUUUAAAGAGCUCCAAGGCAAUAAGAUGCUCCAUACCAGGAAAUACCUCCUUGCCUGGAGCUCAUUGGAUUGGAACCCCAAUGUAGGUUUCCUCUUGGAGAAGCAGCCAUAGGGGUGCCUCACUUUGCAUUGGGGCCACAGCGUGUAUGUGUGUGUGUGGGGGGGGGAAUUAACCCUUUGCACCCAUUCUGAUAACCUGAACUAAAUCCCCCCUAAACUGCUAUUAGUCACUGAGUGGAAAAUGAACAGGCACAAAUUGUGCCCAUAAGUUUUUAUCUUCGGUAGCUAACUCAGCUUUGGUGGGAAGCAGUUAGGGUUGCGAUAUGGGGGGGAGGGUUCAACCCGCUCCCCCACGGCACAUCCCUAAUGCAAAUUGCCCUCUGCAGCUACUUGUACAAGAAGAAAAUUAAAAGCACUUCGCAUUUGUAUACUGCUGUUCAGUGUUGAAAGUGCUUCAGAUGUGUGGUCAUCUUUGGUACAUUCCUGUAAGACCGAGGUUCCUGAUCUUGGAUCCCUGGAUGUUGCUGGACUACAGCACCUCUCAUCCCCAGUGGCUGGGGAUGUUGGGAGUUGUAGUCCAACAACAUCCAGGGACCCAAGAUUGGGAAGCUGUGUUGUAAGGUAAUUAAGUCGUAGUAUCCUGGUAUUGUAGAUAUGGGACUGAGAGGGCUUGCCCAAGGUUACCUAAUAAAUUGGCAGAAAUGAGAUCUGAAUCAGUGACUUAAGAACAUAAGAACAGUCCUGCUGGAUCAGGCCCAGGGAGGCCCAUCUAGUCCAGCAUCCUGUUUCACACAGUGGCCCACCAGACGCCGCUGGAAGCCACAGGCAGGAGUUGGGGGCAUGCCCUCUCUCCUGCUGUUACUCCCCUGCAACUGGUUACUCCCCUGCUUCCUGAUUUGUAGCACAGCCAUUAUAUGGCACUAGCUCUCAUUAAGUUGGGAGUACCAUUUAUGAACCUCUUGUGUACAGAGCUCCCAAAGAAGCAGGCCCUAACUCCAGCCUCCAAGACUGGGUCUUGCAGACCAAUGCUGUGCACACUCGUGGCUUUAACUCCAAACCAUUCUGAAGAAGUGGUUUGUGAUUCAGCACCGGGGGGUAGAGUAUCACACCCCGAUUCUCUCUUGCAAAAGCAAUGUGGGCUCGUCUGGAUUGCAGCCAUAUUUUUCUGAAUGGGAUGCACAUUCUCGUGUUCAUGUCCAUGUGCACCCCCAGCCACACUCUUCUCCAGCAUAUAUCAGCACCCUUUUGCAUGUGGUUGGAGCUGGAGCAGGAUCUCUGGAGCUUGGAAUUCACAUACGCCAUUUCUGUAUUUUUUUAAAAGUGGGGAAAGACCACUUUUAAUGCUUCUGCUAGUAGAACUUAAGGUCGCCCAGUGAAAUUGAGAGACUGUCGGCACAGUACAGAGAUGGGGAGGGGGGCAGGCCCUCAUUCAGAGGCUGAUUCAUAAUUUAACUUACAGAUUUCACUGCCACCAGAGGAGGUGGCGGCCACUGGCAGAGAUGGCUUUCAAGGGGAUGGCACAAAUUCAUAGAGAAGUCUCCCCAUGUUAUGUUAGGAGAAGUCUCUCCAUGACCACUAAAUGGAACUUCUGUAUGCCUCUGCUUGCCAGUUGGUAGGUGAGAGGAGACACAGUAGUGGUGGACUGGGGUCCUUGCCCCUGGCUUGGGGGCUUCCAGGAAGCCCUUGGUUGAGCUCUGUUGGACUGGAAGGACCCCUUAGUCUGAUGUAGCAACUCAGUUCAGACGUUCAGUUAAUUUCUUUUCAGCUUAGCAUUUUAGCUCUUGCAAAAUCUGCCUUGCAUGAAGACAGAAAUACAUUGUUAAUUUUUUGACUGCUCAGAUGAGAUGAAGUAAUAAGGGAUGCAUCUAUAGGGGAUGGGUGUGGGAGUAAUAACGUAUAUUAAUGAAUCGAGAAUAAAUUGCCCAUUAUGGAGGCUGUCUGCUACCUAAAAGGUGAAGAAAAAAAGGGCAGCACCAGAAUAGGAAACUGAAGCCCCAUUCAGACAUUACAUUGCAUGUGUGCACAAGGUGUACACAUGUGCAUGUUUUUGUGUGAAUGACUGUGCAUGUGUUUCAAGUGCAGGGUGCAGAUAGGAAGAGUACCACUGUAUGUGCAUUGAACAUAAUGUGUAAAUAAUUGUAUGUGUGCCCUGCACACAAAUUGCACAUGCGUUGAACAUACCACGUGAAUAGGGCUCAAGACAUCAUACCCUUCUGAGGUUUUUCACUACUUGUGGAACCUCUUCCAAGUAUCAAUCAAUUUUUCUGUGCCCCGGAGAAGGUUUAUACCAAUACAGGCCAAGCAUGCUGAAUUUUCCCCAAUAAACGUUAUGUUUUGGGCUCCUUGUUGAGGCUUUGCAUCUUGUUAUGUGUAAUAAGCCUGCAAUUAAAUUACUUCCUAGACAACACCAAAUCAUGUAUUAAACAUGACUUGCCAGUUGUGUGUCUGGACUGUGUCAUUGGACAGAAAGAGAAAUACCCCUCCUUUUAGAAAUUGUUAUGAGGAAUGCUGCAUUUGAAUGCUUUUCUAUACUUAUAUGAGGACAAUAUUUUACCAGAACGCAAAAGAUAUGAGACAUUUCUUGACUAAUUCAAGAAAGAUAGGGGACAAGCAAAGCAACAUAGUGAAAGAAUACCAGUCUGCUCAUGAAUGCUGUAUUUCUGCCUAUUCACCAUGUCUCUCAUCAGGGCUGUGAGUUAUGCACAAGGUGAAUGCUAUAUAAACAUUCUCUCAUGUACUACAGAAGAAAAGGGAUGCAAUCCACCAGGGAAACGAACCACUAAAGCAAGACCAGGCACUGCCAAUCAAGUUAGAAGCCAGGGAGGUAAAGCAGCCCCACUUCUGAAUGUGGUAAUCCGUGGGGAGGUGGAGCGUUGCACAUGUGCAUAUUAGCUGUGUACAACUGUGGGGAGGCUCUCACACAAGCCUCCCAGAUGGUGUUUAUUUCUAUUUUUAUUCCACCUCUGGCCUCGUUUGAUGUGGCUUCAGAACCAAAAUUUAAGCUUCAAUAAAACACUGGCUGGAUCCAUAAUUCUGCAAAGCGGAAGAGACAAGCUUCUUUACCAGGCUCUUCUUCCACAGCUCCUGUCUUAUAAGCCUGCCCAAACAGAUCUGCCUUGCAUGGUUUUCGGAAUAAGGAGCUGCAUUGCCACAUCUCUGCUAGGAGCUCAUUCCAGAGCCUUGGGUUUAAGGCAGAAAAGGCUUUGUUUCUACCUGUCACCCUCCUGAGCUCUUCUGCUGUAAGAAUUCACCAUAGAGCCCUACCUCAUAAAGGUAGGCGUCUUCUCUAAGGUAUGCAGGUCCCAGGCUAUAAAGGGAUUUCAAGGUUAAAACCAGACCUUGACUUGGUUCUGGAAGCAAAUUUGCAAAUGGAUGGGAGUUAUGCAACCUUUUGUUCUAGGCCCACUGGUUUCAAUGGGGCUAGUGCCAUUUCUUUUCCUCUUGGGUUGUACCUAAGGACAAUAUAACUUUGGCUGCCAAAUGAUGUGUGUGUUGCCGCUUGUACAGACCCAUAUAUGCACACCCCUGUGUGUACAAAUCCAUAUAUACACACCUUGAUGUACACCUUCACAGGAACACAUAGGCCCACAUCUCACUGAGAUGGUAAACCUGUGUCUUGGUUGUACCCCUUCAAACUGCAGAUGGAGGGCUCAUACAAUGGAACACUCUUCCAUUGUCACGGCAUUGCCACACACAGAAAACUACAUCAAGGAAAGCAUUUUCUCAAAGAGUUUGUUUUCUAGCCUAGCCUUCUCCUUGCCACACUACCUUUCUCUGCGUUGAGGUUGUUGUUCAGAGGAUAUUAAGUUAUAUCAACCCCAACCUGCAGUUGUACUGCCCAGGCAUGAGUUUCCUACCUGAGUGAGGACUAGGCCAUGGCCCACACCAUGAAAGGAGAAGGAGGCUGAGACCAGACUCAUGCAGUGGGAUCUUCUGAGAUUAGGCGAUGAUGCCAGUGAUGGAAAUCAAAGACCACUCACCCUUCAACCCUAAGGAAUCUAAGUCCUUUUCCUGUACUAAGGCCAUAUUAUAAGGAAGGUCCAACAACAACGAACAUGCAUCUUUGUAAGUGGGAAUGUAGUAAGGGCCACACACCUCUCUUAUUUCCCAGGGAAGAUUCUGCCAAACUCUGCAAGCCUGCUCAACGAAUGCCGGUUUUCUUUGGAGAAUAAUAUCAUGUUGCCUUUCCAGUGUUACAUCUGCAUCUUUAUUUUUGAUCCACCUGCCUCUUAAGAAAAUAAUUUGGAAGUGGAUUAACCUAGGGCUUUGAAUGUUUGAAUAGCAGGAUAGGAAUUACCAUCUGCUUAAACUCGUUAGGAAAAUUGCCCAUAUCCAUCAAGCAAUAUCCAAGGGCAUCAGCAGCCUUGCUGCUGUGUUUCAGAUGCACAUCUCCACCCACACCAUGAUGUUCAUCUGAGUCCUAUUCAACUGGUUAGAUGAGUAUUUGGGGUGUGAAUGGGGAUUGUGCAUAUGCCUCGGGGGGCACGGGUUUUCAUGUGCUUGGUAUUCCCUACAGCUACCACUGGAUCUGGGCUUCCCAACACAGAAAAUAGCCCAUGUAUGCGAACUUCAUUUUAACCUUUCUAGCAAUCCGUUAUGAAUAGAAACUUGGAGUGGGCUACAUGGGAUGAAACAUGCCACAAUAGCUGUGUUACAGUACAUUUUUCAUGCUGGCAUCGAUCCAUUCCUAACCAAUGUGUGAAAGAAGAGUUAGAUGGCUCAGUGGUGCAAUAUGAUACUGUAGCUCUGUUCUAUAGGUGGUGAUGGAUUUUCCAGGCAGGGCAAAGUUGCUGUUGUAUUAGGUUUGUCCACUAAGGGGCUUUCUGCUGCCCCCUCAACACCACGCUGCUCACCGCACACACUCAACCAAGCAUUCGAUCUUGGAUCGUUGUUCUGACAGCAAAGAUGGCUUCUCGGCAUCCUUUCAUUUGCUGUGUUGCCUUGGCUUUCUUGCACAUUUGUUCCUGCUCCAAAGAAUAUUUCAUAAUGCCUUUGGUACUGAUGUACAAUUUUAAGACAUUUUUGUAAUGUAUCGAAUGGGAACACACUUUAUCUUGUACUAUAGCGAUUGGAAAUUUAUUAUUACUAUGAUUAUUUUCCUUUGUUGAAUGUGUUACAGUACAUUUCAAAAGAAAGGGGAAAAAAUUCUGAGUAUUUCAA